AACACCAGCAGACGACCAAGCAGUGACAACUGACAAGAGGUGAAGAGGACAACUAAAAAGAAAAAUGUUACGAAGUUUUUCAAGUUUUUUAAAGCACUCGAGUUCAUCAUUUAGGCUAUCGUUGAAAAACCAAAGUUUGACAGCACAAGUUGGAUGCGCAAUUCAACAUUCCAGUCUCCGAUUUUGCCACAAUGAAGUAGACUUAGCUAAAAGGGCAGCCAAUAAUCCGGCUUUGACAACUCCAACAAUAUUUAGUAAGAUCAUUGAUGGUUCCAUCCCCGCCAAGAUUAUUUACAGAGAUGACAAGUGCCUGGCAUUUCAUGAUGUCAGCCCACAAGCUCCAGUGCACUUCCUAGUCAUCCCCAUCAAACCAAUCACAAUGUUGGAAAAGGCAGAGGUGGAAGAUCAAGAGCUUUUAGGACACCUUAUGUUGGUUGCCAAGAAAGUAGCAGCCAAUCUAAAACUGGAAAAAGGCUACAGAUUAGUUGUCAACAAUGGACAAGAAGGUUGUCAAUCUGUUUACCAUCUUCAUCUGCACGUUUUGGGAGGCAGACAGAUGAAUUGGCCUCCAGGAUGAGAAAAAUUAAUUCCAUUGUUAUAUAGCUCAGUUAUCGUUUCAAAUUUACAGGUGUUUCCGCACCUUAACAUCCGCCAACUUUGAUUUUCCAAAGAGGAAAAAGUACAUGCCUGAUUAAUAAAAAAAAUAUUCACCCAGAAUA